GCAGGGAUGUCUCAACCAAGGAGCCUUCAGCCACAUGAAGCCCCAGGACUCGGUGUGGCCUCCACACCAGCAGCAGCCGCGUCUCUGCAGCCUCCAGACCAGAAACAUUUCAUUUUACCUGGAGACGUCCAGCAGUUGUUGGUCAAAGAAGAAGUUCUCCAGAUCGCCAGUCUGGGUCAGCCGUUCCCAGAGCCCGUCCAAAUAAAGGAGGAGGAGCAGGAGCAAGUGUGGGCGGGUCAGGACGGAGAACAGGAGGAGAUGGGAGUUGGCGGCUUUUCUCUGACUAAAGUUACUGUGAAGAGUGAAGAUGAUGAAGAGAUACCUCAGUUCUCACAGCUUCAUCAGCACAAAAUGGAAGAUGUCACGGAGACAAAACCUCCCACUUACAGUUCAGAUGAACAUAUGAAAACAGAAACGGGUUUCAAGGACAGUGUAGGACUAGAACCUGGAUGGAACUCAGAUCCAAACCAUGAAUUACAGCAAAUUAAAGGUGAAAACGAAGAAAACCCCCAGUUUUUAAAACUUCAUGAAAUCAAAAAGGAAGAGAACAUGGAGGCAGAGCUUCCAUCUACUACUUUAUUUGAUUACAAGAUUGCUGAAGGACCAGAACCAGGCUGGAACCCAGAUCUAAACGGUGAUUCACAACAAAAGGCUGAUGAAAAUGAAGUAACACCUCAGUCCCCACAACUUUACGAAAUCAAAAUAGAGGAUGUCACGGAGAUGGGGCCUCCCACCUUCUAUACAGCUGAAGGUAUUCAAACAGGAACCAGUAUCAUGAACAGUGUAAGACCAGAACCAGGACGGAACCCAGAUCCAAAUGGUGACUUACAUCAAAUUAGUGAUGAAAAAUGUCAGCCUUCACAACUUUAUGAAAUCGAAAUAGAGGACGUCAUAGAGAUGAAGCCUCCGACCGUCUGUACAGCUGAACAUAUUAAACCAGAAACGGGUUUCAAGGACAGUGUAGGACCAGAACCAAGCUGGAACCCAGAUCCAAACAGUUAUUUACAGCAAAUGAGUGACGGAAAUGAAGGAAAACCUAAUUCUUUACAAAUUCAGGAAAUCAAACAGAAAGAAAACAGCGAUGCAGAGCUUCCAACUACGAGUACAGCUGAUUGUGAGGACAGUCUAAGACCAGAACCAACCAGGAACCCAGUCCCAAAAAACAAAUCACAGCUAAAUUUGGCUGAAAAUACUUCUGAUUCUUCUGAGGCCGCGGUCCGUGGCCAGAAUUCUUCAGAAUCUGAACCUGCCGCUGAGCAAAGUGAGAACACGCCGCAGGAGAAGCACGGAAGUGAGUUGGAUGUAACACGCCAUGGAGGAUGUACAAAGUCUUUCAAGUGCCCCGUGUGUGAUGAAGAGUUUCCGAGGAUGCAGGCUCUCAGGCUGCACAUGCGUUCCCACGCGUUCCCUUGUGGUGUUUGUUGGGUGAGAUUUAAAAAGUUGAUCACUCUGGAAAAGCACAUGUUGCUCCACACAGGUGAGAAACCGUUCGAAUGUGAACAGUGUGGCGAAAGGUUUAUCCUAGAACAGUCGUUAACGUUGCACGUGAAAGCCCACUCAGGACUGGUACCAGACCCCACAGAAUUUGUGGAAGAACCACCUAAGAAAAAGCGCGGACGGUGGGGUUUCACGGCCGACGGGAAGAAGAUCACCUGUGAAGAAUGUGGAGAAUGUUUUCGGUCAAAAACGGACCUCCAGGUGCACGCCAUCUCCCACAUGGCAAAGAAACCGCCUGCCUGUGAUAAAUGUAGUCAAAUAUUCAACAGCCACGCAGAUCUCCAGUUGCACUUGAAGAGCCAUAAAGGAAAGCAACCUUUUGCUUGCGGUAAUUGUGAGAAGUGUCAGCUUAUGAGGCAGAAGGCUAAAGCCCUCUUCGGAGAAAGGACGCCGCAUGGUUGCGAGGGAAGUGAGUGUGGGAGAACGAAACAAGUUGCCUAUGAUAUCGUGGUCAAGAAUGUGAUUGUCAGUGAAACCGAAGAAGCUACGAACAUUAUGCUAGUUGUUUAAAAGGUUUAUGGAAAUCAAAGAGGUGCAGGUUUGUCUGACCAACAGUAAAGCCCGGGUCGCGCAGGCUCAGGGGCGUCAAUUGGGUAUGAAGGUACGGCAGCCGCCACACCUUGGCUUCAAGGGUUGUUUGUUUUUUUAAAUACAUUUAUGGAAUUAUUCUGUGUCUCUUUGUAUUGAUUAUUAUAUUACUUAAUACAUAUAGAAUAACUACAAAUGCAAAUCAGAACAACAUGAUUUCACUAGUUAUUUUAC